UUCUAUGACAAGCUACUUACUCAAUCCAAACUAGUUCACUCAACCCCACUGCCUCUCACCAGUGAACGUAGAAAUGUCAUCACAAUCAGAAGGUCCAAGUGGAAUCCUGGAACUGAAUAAGUGCGGGGGGCAUUGACUGACUAGCAACUAUCAGGCGGGGCAACCUUAUCCAACAACCCACUUUCAAAUCAAAUUACCCCUCUCCAAAUCUCCAUCUCUUGUCCAAAGCAUAAUCCUAAAAAGCAAACUUGCUUCCUUUGCAUAAUCAAGCAGACAAGGCGUAACAAAACAACAACAUGUCGACCGUUCACCGUAACCCUCCUUUCCGAGCCGAGCACUUGGGCUCCCUGCUCCGUCCUAAGGACUUCUUGAAGCAGAGAGCGGCUUUUGAGAGUAAGGAGAUUGGACAGGAGGAGUUGACGAAGGCGGAGAAUGAAUCUAUCAAUGCGGUUGUUGAGGUGCAGAAGGAGGCGAAGUUUAGUGCUAUUACUGAUGGAGAGUAUCGGUAUGUUGCCCUUUUUUAAAAUUUGUUCUCGGAUUGAGGUGUUUGGCUUUAAGGGAUGUGAAUGGAGUUUGCGAUGAGCUGAGACUGACGAAAAAACAGACGUGCAGUCUUCUGGGGAAACUUCUUCGAAGAUCUCGAAGGCAUGACGGAAAUCCGUCAACCAUCCAUGGAUCUCUUCCGUCCGUACGUCCCAGAUAUCGCAGGCUUCAUCGAGAAAGGUCAUAAACCUGGACAAUCAUGUCUCUGCACCUCCAAGAUUAGCCACAAGGGUAAAAGCACCCUGAUUGAUCAAUUCGAGUACCUCAAGACCCUGACUCCUAAGGAGAAGUGGGGUGAGAUUAAGUUGACGAUGAUUGCUCCUCCUUGGUAUCAUCUUAGAUACAAGGAUGGAAAGCCGUAUCCUAAGGAGGUUUACAAGAAUGACGAGGAGUACUUUGCCGAUAUUGCGAAGGCGGUUAGUGUCGAGUUGGAUAUUUUGUAUGAGGCUGGUGUGAGAAAUGUGCAAUUUGACGAUCCCAACUUUGCUUGUAAGAAUCCUCUUCCUGUCCCCCUAUUCAUCCCCCCAUAUUUGUUCCGAACCUUUCACUUACAAGAACCUCAGACUUCUGCUCCGAGAAGAUGCUUGCAGGCUGGAUCGAAGACAAAACCAACACCAAAACCGCCGAAGAAACCCUCGACUCCUACAUCCAAUGCUACAACGACUCCAUCGCCGCCCACACCUCCAAGAUCCACUUCGGCCUGCACAUCUGUCGCGGGAACUUCAUGGGCUCCCGCCACUUCUCCGAGGGAGGCUACGACCGCAUCGCCACCAAGCUCUUCCAAAACCUCAACGUCGCAACCUACUACCUCGAGUACGACACCCCACGUGCAGGCGGUUUCGAACCUCUCCUCCACCUCCCCGCCCACAAGAACGUCAUCCUCGGUGUCAUUACCAGUAAAUUCCCCGAGCUGGAAGACAAGGAGAAGAUAAAAGAGCGGAUCUUUGAUGCUGCGGAUGUUAUCGCUAAAGGUGCGGGCACGGAUCGAAAGGAGGCGUUGAGCAGGAUGGGCGUCAGUCCUCAGUGUGGAUUUGCGAGUCAUGAGGAGGGCAAUCUUUUGGGCUGGGAGGAUAUGAAGAAUAAGUUGAAGUUGGUGAGGAGUAUUGCGGAUGAUGUUUGGCCUGGUGAGCCGUAGAUGGGGAUGUUUUCGCAUCUUAACUUUGACGCGGGCUCUUAUUUGGGCGGACUGCGUGUGUAUGUAUGGUCUUGGGAGACGGCGAAGAACGAAUCAACCUCGGCAUCAAAAGUAUUUAAAUUAAAAAAUCGAAAAGUUCAACACUUGGAUAUAUCUUGGCGAAAUAGGCAAUUGAAAGGUCUCUGUGGUUCUUUUCGUUUUGUAGAAGAGAUUAUGUAAAGGCGCAUGGCUGGGAAACUUUUUUCACACUUCACAAGCAUUUCAGGGUAGGUAAUUGAGAGAACUCGCUAAGCGAGACCCCUAACCCAAACUGAGAUCCCCUUGUCGCUACAUUCAACAAAUCAAAUCAAAUAUAAAUCUAC